UUCCAAUCCCCUCCAUAUCAUGUGAUUCAGGUGUUCCAAUCCCCUCCCAAUCAUGUGAUUCAGGUGUUCCAAUCCCCUCCAUGGACACAGGUGUAUACAAUCAAGCCCCUAGGCAUGCAGAUGGCUUCUACAAACAUUGGUGAAAGAAUGGGUCGCUCUCAGGAGCUCAGUGACUCCAAGCGUGGUCCCGUGAUAGGUGGCCACCUGGGCAAUAAGUCCAUCCGUGACAUUUCCUGGCUACUAAAUAUUCCACGCUCAACUGUUAGUGGGAUUAUAACAAAGUAGAAGCAACUGGGAACAACAGCCACUCAGCCA